AUGACGACGUUAGUGAUAGGUGAGGAGUAUGCGGCGUUACCCGACCCAAAGUCGUAUCGAGCGGCGAUCAAAUUGCCUGAUUCGCACCUGUGGAAAGUGGCGUGCGCAGAAGCGAUUGCAUCACUUGAGGCAAAUUACACGUGGGAAUUCACCGCAAAUCAGAUACACAUGCACCUACUGCAUUCAAAGAUAGUAAUGCGAAAGAAAAAGGACGGCAACGAAGCCAUCGAGCGCUACAAGGCGUGGCUUGUCGUCGGCGGCGAUGAACAAGUACUGGGUGGUGACUGCAACCUCAAGCUCUCGGCCGUCCUCGACAUUUACAGCGGGAAGGUGAUCAUGGCAGUUGCUCACAUGUGGGGUGUCCGCGCAAGGCACUAUGACGUACCAUCGGCUUACUUUAAGUCCUCUACAGAAGAUAACGUUAAGAUCCAUCUUAGAGUACCAAAGGGCAUGCAACUAACCGGUAUAGAGCUCGCGCGUGUCGGCGUGCAGAACAGCGGAGAUGUGUGCUUGCGCAAUAUCAAGUUGAUUACGGCUUUCAGCAAGCCGGUCGGUUGUAAAAACAACAAAUCACAAGAAGUAAGCAGACAUCGGGAUACGAGCAGUCGAUGA